GCUGAAAGGGGGAAAAAAAGGUAUUGAGGUUAUAGAAGGAAGAGAUGAUAGUAUCGUCAUUAUAGUCUCGCACCAGGGGUACUUACGUAACUUCAUUUAAAAUUUUUUGGAUUAUAGUACCAAUUUCUCGCGUACAAGGUUCAGUUAUACGUGGAAGAAGAAGAACAAAGCGUCUUCACUGCCAAUGCGGAAUUCUAACUAUCACUUCAUGUCAUAUUGAAGCCUAUUCAAUCGUUUCGCACAAUUUUAUCGAAUCAGAUACAGAAUCUCUUGAUUUGAACAGUGAGAAAUUUAGCAGAAUUUUGGAAGAAUUCGGGAGAAUGCAUUCGUUGAGCUUCAAGGUUGUAGGUGAUUUUAAUGCGGGAUCGAGGAUGAAUUUACCUAGACGAGGAAGCUUUUGCUUUCCGGAAAUGGAGGUUGGGGCAAUGAGGUUUUCUGGGGGCCGUCGAGCAUUUGGAAGACAUUGUAGGAUUGUAGCAUGCACUUCGGAGAGAAAUGGUGAUGGUGGUGGCGGACAGAGCCAGAGCGCGAGUACGAGUCGGAGUCGUUCGUUUCUAUCCCGCAGUGAAACUUAUGCUCUACUGAAGCAGCAAUUGGAGGUUGCUGCCAAGUCCGAGGAUUAUGAAGAAGCUGCGAGGAUACGUGACUCGUUAAAACUAUUUGAAGAGGAAGAGCCAGUUCUGCGUCUCCGAAGACUGAUGAAGGAAGCUAUUUCUAGUGAGAGGUUUGAGGAUGCUGCAAAAUAUCGUGACGAGCUGAAUGAAAUUGCCCCUCACUGUCUUCUGAAAUGUGCAAGUGAUGCAACAACUUUGGGUAUCAGGGUACAAGUUAGGAGCAUUUACAUAGAAGGCCGAAGCCAACCUUCAAAGAAUCAGUACUUUUUUGCAUACCGAAUAAGAAUAACGAAUAAUUCAAACCGUCCAGUUCAACUUCUCAGAAGACAUUGGAUUAUCACCGAUGCAAAUGGGAAAACAGAAAAUGUCUGGGGCGUUGGUGUUAUUGGUGAACAACCAGUUAUACUUCCUAAGACUGGGUUUGAAUACUCAUCAGCAUGCCCAUUAAGUACUGCUAACGGCAGAAUGGAAGGUGACUUUGAAAUGAAAUACAUCGACCGAGUGGGCGAACAAUCAUUUAACGUUGCUAUUGCUCCGUUUUCUCUCUCCAUAUUAGGAGAUAGCACAGAUGCUUUCUAAUGUUUAAACUGCAACCAAAAGUCAACCAUGCAGAGGUUUUUCGGGACAUCAAGAAGUCUGUCGAAAAUGCUGUUUGCAGAUUUUGUAGAUAAUCUUUCGCUAGGGAUGCAGAAGACCAAAGCUUGCCAACAAAUCCAUUAUUUUCUUAAAUGAAUUUGGAAAUGUUAGGAGCUUCUUAUGUUUGCAAACUCUGAAGAGAGUUGUUGUAAAGAUCAAUGUAUAUAGAUUUGUUGGAACUUUAAGCGAAUAGGUAGACCUAAUUCAUUAUUGCGAAGCUUUCAGUCGGAUUGAAGUUGAACCAUAUUGUAUUCAAGAAUUGUCAUCAACAUUUCAGAUUUAUGCUGGCACCGUCUUGAUGAUUAAAA